UCAGAACAGCGAUAAUUUGUAAUUCUCAGUUAAAUAUUGAUAUCGUCAUUUGAUAAAGGAGUUCGGUAUUUUUGUUAUUUAAUUUCUUUUCAAACUUGAAGUAAACUAGCAUACGCGACAAUGAUAUACAAGUACCUAACGAUUAUGUUUAAUAAUAAUUUGAAAUCAUAAAGUGUAACUGCAUUGAAUUGAAAUGAAUACAGCUAUGUAUUUCCAUAUUGCAUUCGGAAAGAAAAAUAUAACAGCUUAGUUAUGAUGCAAUGAAGUGACACUGAGAGCUAUUGAGUUCAUAGGACGAUUUGAUUCAUGGAACACAGAAUUUAAAUCUCUCAUAAAUAGGAAAGUAAUUGAACGACACCUUCAAUACAUUUUAAUUGCAGAUCUCCUGCCUGACAACAAGGAUUAUAGUUCAUAGUCUGGCAAAAUGACAUCUCAACAAGCAAAAGUGAAUGAAGCCGAUCUGCAGCCAAAUGGAAAAGAAUCAUCGUCCUUGUCGUAUAUGCAUAAUCCACCAAGAAUCAUGCCUAAUUAUGGGAAGAGAAAACGCAGCACUCUGCCAAAAUCGAAUAUAUCCAGAGUUCUCUUGUAUGACAACGCAACACAACAACAACAACUGGACGUUAAACUUUCACAUAUAAAAAUAGAACAAAACCGUGUACGACGAAUACUAGACUUACACAAACGCUCUUUUCUUUGGAGGCAGAAAAAACGUCAACAGCACAUGGCGGAUAAUAAUAUAUCAUUACCGGAUAUUCAGCAUAAUACAAAAGAAAACAGAAUACUAAGUAGACUUUCUAGUGAAUAUUCCUAUAGACCACCAAACGUACAAGCAAGUUCAUUUAAUAAUGAUUCAAGAACUAAAAGUGCAUUUUCGGUUUCUGAUCUAGAGGUGCUUAAACUUCCGGAACUCCAAACAAAUGGCAAACAUGUGAUUUUUAAACUGAAAGAGGCUAAUGGACAAACGCAAAUAUUUCAUACAAUUGAUAAUGAUGGAAUUUUUUCAGAAUUUGUACCAAUGCAUUCGUUUUAUAACAGAGCAUCUGAAGAUCCGAGAUUUCAAGGACUAGCCAAUUCUUUAGCGAGAAUUGAUAUAGAAAGUGAUGGGUUAAACGAAUUAAGCCCUAGCUACAGAAGUCCAAGAUUUUCACGAACGGUACACGUGUUACCGGUGAAUACCAAAAUUAAUGACACUAAAAAAUCCGAAACUAUGAUUGAGGUAGAAGAUCAUGAUAGUAAUCAUGAAAAUGAUCAUGACGAGGAUCAUGAUGAAGUGAUUCAUUAACUAGAACUUAAAUGAAUUUAAGAUUCAAAUAUUAUUUAUUCCAUUCUGACCAUCACAGAAAAUCGUCACGCCUGCGGAAAACUUUAUCAACUUUUCCAUUGCUCAAGGAUACUCAUUGUCCGUGCUAUUAAAUUAAAGUUUAAUAAAGAUUUUUUUUUCCAUAUAUAUUUACGAUAGAUAUACAAAUCAGAAGAUAUUUU